UGGGCGGGGCUCUCCGCUGGAGCCCGCCCCUCGGGCGGGACGCACGGCCACGGUGGCCGCCGAGGACCAAUCGCAGCGCCCUUCCCGACGCGCCCCGCGGCCGCGCUGUACACAAUCAUCAUGGCCGCCACCUCUGCCUCCCCCGACUCGGAGGAAGCCAGCAUGGACGCGGAAGUGCGGAACCCGCCGGUGGGCUGCCAAGGCGAAGACGAGAACGGCUCGCUCUCUGCCGAGAAAGCCGAGGAGCCCCAGAGCGACCCCCCCGACCUGGAGGCCUCCGUGAGCAACGGGGGCGAAGCCGAGAUGGAAAAGGAGUCGGUGGAGCUGAAAAUUAUCUGGAACAAAAACAAGUACGACCUAAAGCUCCCUCUGGACAGCACCGGAGCGGAGCUGAAGCUGAAAAUCCACUCGCUGACAGGCCUUCCCCCCGCCAUGCAGAAGGUCAUGUUUAAAGGACUGCUCCCCGAGGAAAAAACCUUACGCGAAAUUAAAGUCGUCAGCGGAGCAAAAAUAAUGGUGGUGGGCUCGACUAUCAAUGACGUCUUGGCAGUAAACACACCAAAAGAUGCCACUCAGCAGGAAGUGAAGUCCGAAGAGGCCAAAAAAGAGCCCCUCUGUAGACAAAAGCAACAUAGGAAAGUAUUGGAUAAAGGGAAGCCUGAAGAUGUGAUGCCUUCUGUCAAGGGUGUCCAGGAGCGUCUGCCAACCGUUCCUUUAUCGGGCAUGUACAACAAGUCAGGUGGAAAAGUACGGCUAACCUUUAAACUUGAACAAGAUCAGCUCUGGAUUGGCACUAAAGAAAGAACAGAAAAGUUACCCAUGGGAUCCAUCAAGAACGUGGUGAGCGAACCCAUUGAAGGGCAUGAAGAUUAUCAUAUGAUGGCUUUCCAGUUGGGUCCCACAGAAGCCUCUUACUACUGGGUCUACUGGGUGCCCACUCAGUACGUGGAUGCAAUCAAGGACACGGUGCUAGGGAAGUGGCAGUACUUUUGAAGGCACGCUCACCUCUGGCAUGGAGACGGACUCGGAACUUAAGGACACUGCUGGAAGAGGCCCGGAUGGGAGUGGUCCUGGAACUUCUUGAUCAACGCCAUCUCGGAAGGCCUGGGAGAACGCCAGAGGUGGGGAUCUCUCGCCAUUAGUUCAUUUUUAACUUAAAGCAGUCCAGCAGCAGGAGCUCUUGUUCUGCGGCAGCUUCAACCGUAUUUAAAAAAAAAGCAAAUACAAUGGAAAUCAAUAAAUCUUAAUUUACAAACCUC